CACGAGGUCAGCUCGGGACUUCCCCAGUAGUGCCCAGGUGGAAACAGUGGCCGACCGCCGUCCGCCGCUGGCUGCCAGCCUCCGCCUCCUUUGCCGACAACUUUUGGCAUCAACGACAGCCUGCGGUCUGCGUUCUUGAGCAGCCGCAAAGCUUUUGCUCGACCAUGGCGCUCCGAAUCAAUAUUCCGCCGGCAACUCGUGUCUGCCUCAUCAGUCUUAUCACACUCUCCUUUCUGUAUAAUAUCGCUCGAUGGCGCCAACUCGACAUUACUCCAGGCACUCCUACCGUAUCUCCCACCGUUCCCUACUUGACUCUCGUCCCGUCGCACUUUAUCUUUUAUCCCUGGACACUGCUCACAGCGACCUUUGUUGAGCAGAAUAUUUUUACAGUGCUGCUGAACCUUGCUACCAUCUUCUACGGAGGGAAGUAUCUGGAGCGCGCUUGGGGUUCCCGCGAAUUCACCAAGUUCAUCGUCACCAUCGCUGUGGUACCAAAUGUCGUGAUGGUGCCGUUCUACCUCUUCUGGGUUGCCGUCACCGGCAGUUCGAGCAUCGGUGUGACACAAAUCUGCGGCGGCAUCUCGAUUCAAGCAUCCUUCCUCGUCGCCUUCAAGCAACUCGUCCCAGAGCAUACCGUUACCAUCUUCAAGGGCCUCGUGAAGAUGCGGGUAAAGCACUUUCCAGCCGUCUUUCUCUUGCUGAAUUCGAUUAGCGGACUUGUUCUGGGAACACAUAUUGCGGCUUCCCUCGCCUGGUUCGGCGUGUUAACAAGCUGGACUUACCUUCGAUUCUUCAAGCGGCAACCUGACCUGACUGGAACAUCGACUGACGGACUCGGUGUCAAAGGCGAUGCAAGCGAAACAUUUGCAUUCAAGUGCCUCUUUCCCGAUGCGAUUCAGCCUCCAAUUGGCUUUGUGUCCGACUUGGUCUACUCUGUACUGGUUUCGUUGAAGAUUUGCACACCUUUCUCGGCGGAAGAGAUCGCCUCUGGGAAUCAGCAAGCUCUCGCCCGGGGAGAAGCUGGCCUUCCUAGCCUUCUGAGCAACCACCGAGGUGGACGGAGCAUGGCCAAGCGUGAGGAAGCGGAGCGCAGACGUGCCUUAGCAUUGAAAGCAUUGGACCAGAGACUUCAGGCAGCAGUUGCUUCACGACCUCAGCCAAGCUCGUCUGCGCCUAGUCAGACUCAAACCGCCACACCAUCCGUGCCUGGGCAAACCAUGUUGGGAGAGACCAGUUACACGCCGGACCAUGCUUAGAAGCGCUGCAUUGAAUACUGGAGUUUGGUUAGUAGGUUCAUUGGGAUAUCGAGGUGAUGACGGCGGCGGAUUUGUAGAUCAAGGGCAUGCUUGAACCCUUAAUUGUUCGGGUCUCCCCUUCGGUGAUAUACUAUUAGCAUUGCAUUUCUUGUAUGUAGCUAUAUACCUGAUUUUUUCAUUUUUCUACGCCUUUUCGUUUUCCUUAUCCUUGCUUUCACGUCGAUAGAUUACAGGAAGUUUUCCAAAUCGGAUGCCCAUGAAAAGCUCAUUCCAAAAAUAUCCCUUUGCCACAAACGCACCCUACCUGCUCGUUUUCAUCCAAUCAACCAUCACUCACUCUGUCUUCGCCCUAACCCGAUAUUCAAACAUCUGAUUCGACUCGACGCUAUUCUUAUUAGUCGCCUUCUGCGCAGCUUCCGCGCCCGCAACUGGAACCCGACAUUCAAGCCGCGCGCCCUCACCCGCAAUAGACGGGGUAGGGUACGGGAAGGGCAGGUAAUUUGGCAAGAUUUCCAGCUGCCGCAACACAGUCGCCUGGUCCCAGGUGAUGUGCUCAUGAUACAGCCUGUCGCCGCGGAUGUUCACCACGGCCAUGAAGGGAAUGCGGAGGGGGACGUUUGUAGGAACAUGAUUAACAUACGGCUCCCCCACCAUCGUCGCCAUAGUAUGUUCCACAGACCGAUUCUCAAACUCGUAAUACGUAUGCUCGUCCCAAAUCUUCUCGAGAUCAAAGUGCGGCCCGUCCAUGCAUCCUUUAAGAUGCGUGAGAUUGCGCGUGUGCGAUAUUGCCUCUGUCCGGUAGUCGAAGUUUGGCUGAAAGGGAAUGGCAAAUGUGCUUUCCACAGUGGGGUAGACAUGCUGCGUAAGAGCCAUUGACCGUGCAAGCUUAUCCCGCGGAUAGUUGCCUGUGAUGUGGUGGAUCGUUCGCUUCGAAGCCUGUGGGAGAAUCUCCAGGUCCGAGACUGAGGUGUAUACAACGACACCCUUGAUAUCAGAAAUGCUAGAAACAGCGUCCGCGGCUUUAGCAUAUGCGUUUGCGCUGUAUGCGACGAGACCAAUGGAUCCUUUCGGCUCGCACGCCGAGCUGCCGUUUAUGGCGGCUACUGCAUUGUGUAUCGCAUCGUGAGCGUUGGUAUCUAGCGCAUGCUCCUCUAUCUGCACGGUUGUGUAGCUUUCCUCGGCCCAUUUGAUGAGCGGAGAUGGAACUCCGUCCUCGAUGGUGAGAUGUGUCUCUGCGGGGAAAUUUGGGGUCAAAAUGAUCAUUCCAGGACCUGUGCCGAGGCGGGAGAGGGGCUGCAAGAGGGAUAGCCCCUCAGAUGGCUUGGUUAAGUUUGGCUCAGGAAGGGAAGGGACCGCGGGAAGUAAGGACAUGGUGAUGUGCUGUAUGUUGUAAAGUUGCUGGAGGGUGAGGGGGAUGAGGGGCUUGGAUUGGCUUUGGGAGGUUUCUUAUCGAGG